GCUCAGUUCCAAGGCUGUCAGUCAGCCUGCACAAAUAGUAAACAUGCUAUAUUCUCCAAGGCAAUCAGCUCCAGCGCAGGAACAUUCUGAAAUGGAGCAGCAUAAUACCCUAAUAUGUACAAAGGCAGCCUCAGGGAUGGAGUGACCAGGAACGUGGCAAUCAGCACGUGGCAUAUCAGUUUGGUCUUGGUGUGGUAGUUCGUGCAGGAAGGACUAAAGGCCUGAAGGCAGAGAGGGGUAUUGUGGGUGCAGUGUGCUUUGCUUGAUGAACUUUUUGAGCAAAUGGCUGAAUUGCAUGAAGAAAUCACCUGGAUGAGUAGUAUUCAGAAAUCAGAUAGGUAGAGAUUGAUGCCUGGUGUUGCGCAGUGACAUGGGCAGACUGCCAGCCCUGUCUUAAAUUCCUGCAAGAGGAGGAAACUAAACUAGAUUCCAACUUUGAGAAGACAGACCACAGAAACACACAAGACAGGGGAAACUGGACCUUCGUCUCUGCUUAGAGCACGAGUUGUCUCCUCCUGUAGUGCCCUUAAGCAACAGAUGCAAGGGCCCGGGAUUGGAAAAAGGUGAGGGCACGGGUAAAUGAUUUAGACUCAGGAAGAGACAACCACAUUAAGUUGCUCCAACCAAGGACCCAAUUUAGAAUCAAUGCCACCAAAAACAGGCAAAGGAUGUUAGUAACUGAGGACUCCUCGCUCAGAGGUACCCAUUUGUCCGUCGCCCAGACAAUAAGAAGAGGCUACUGAGUCUUAUAAAGCCAGAGGAAUACGAUCCACUCCUGCUUCUUCAAGUUGGGUCAGCUGAGGCUGCAAGAAGGAAAUUUCAAAUAUUAAAAGAGACUUCAUGUUCCUUGGAAGGAUGUUGAAGGAAUUGGGAGUAUGGGGAGGGACCUCCCAGGGGACCUCCCAGGGACCUCCGCCUGGGAGCCAGGUAGAAGGAGGAGAACAGAUCAGUUGAAUGACUGGUGUGUGGGUGGUGUCACAUUCAAAGUUUUGGGUUCCGUGAUUGAUGAUGUCUUUUUGAGAGACCAGGCACGUUGACAUUGGAUGGGAUGCAGCUGACCAGUGGAGCAAAAACAUCCUGGGCUGAAGAUUCAGUGAGGGAAGGAGAUGUACUUCUGAGUGACAGGGAAGAGGCAGGGAACACUGUCACUUUAGAAAGCAGAAGGGGAAAACCUCCGAUUUUUCCCAGAGGGAUUCGGGAGGGCUCCUCCGAGAACAUAACAUGGCUGAUAGCCCGGCUGAAAUGCCAUUACUUUAAUGCAGGCUGACUUAGAAAUUAGCAAGAGGAGCUGGAAGUCACUGUGCAAUUAGAAAACUGUGACCUAAUUGGUAUCAUGAAAACACGGUGGGACAAAUAACACAACUGGGACACUAAAAUUGAAGGUUAAAAGCUUUUUGGAUGACAAAGACAGAGCAGAGGGGCAGAGGAAUUGCCUCUAUGCUAGGAGAUGAAUAGAUUGUGAAAGAGCUGUCUCUAAAAAACAGCUGUGAUCAUAUUGAGAGUCCAAAAUAAGAAUGAGGAACUACUAAACCAAUAAAGAGAGCAUGAGAAGAACAUGGCUCCGUUACCCACCCUGGUUAAACAACUGCAAGUGAAUUCAAAACUCUCAGCAUCUUCUAUGAGAUUCAUGUUUUUCCUUCCAUCUUACUGAGAAAAGAAUUCUUCUCUGUUACCCGCAUGCCUGCAGUCUGUAGAUGAGGAAAUACAGUAUUUGCAUACAUAAUGGUGUUUCUCUCAUCUCACAGAGCUGGGAGUCUGAGAGACAUGAAAAGGUAAAGCUGCAGGUGCUCUUAUUUACAGAACAGUACAGAAGCCGAUGAGAUCUGAGGAAAAAAUACACCUUCCACACUCUGUAGCUUCAAAAGAAGUGAAAGGAAGUCAGAUCCGGAUUCUACAAGCCCUUUUCCAGUAACUUUAAUGAAAAUCUUUUCAUUUUAAAGGUGUUGCAGAGCUACUUAGUUUCAUUCAUAGUUUUCCUGUUUUCCUCUGAGGUAAAACAGAUUUAUGUGUGAAAGGACAACCUGCACUUGUCAGAGUGGAGCCAUCUGCCGUUUCUUGUUUACAUCAGCUCCAUGAAACCAGCCUCCAAGCCUCUGCAUUUUUUUCUAUGUGCUGAUACCAGUAUGACUUUUCUGUAAUUAAUUCUUUCCUGACAUUGCAGGAUCACAGGAUAAUUCAGCCUCCCCUUGAGUGUAUUUGACAGCUCGCUGUCCCUGUCAGCCCAAGAUCCCAGUGGAAACAGCAGCUGGGAGGGCUCUUCCUGCCUAGGGGAGGCUCCUCAGGAGUUUGUGGGAUUUACCAAUCUCUCCCUGUCCCUUACCAAGGGCCAUGUGCAGUGGCAAGCUGCAGACAGGUUUGCUGGUGGGCAGCUACUUCGUCUACUUGCUGGUGGGUGCAGCGGUGUUCCAGGCACUGGAGAGGACUGCCGAAAAGCAGCAGAAAAUGGCAGCUGCUCAGAUGAAGGAGGCUUUUCUGCAGAAUUUCACUCACCUCACAGUGGCAGAGAUGGAGCAGUUUAUGAAGAACCUGACUGAAGCAAUUCAGAACGGAGUUUACCCUAUUGGAAAUGAAUCACAGACUGAAAACAGCAACUGGGAUUUCAGUAACUCCUUCUUCUUUGCAGGCACAGUGGUCUCCACAAUAGGUUAUGGCACACUACGUCCUAAAACUGUUGGGGGCCAGAUCUUCUGUGUCUUUUUUGCUCUCUUUGGAAUCCCUCUGAAUAUUGUUUUUCUGCACCGUGUUGGUAAGAUCCUCUCACUGCUGUGUAAAAAGCUGGGGAAAUUCCUGUACGAAAAAGGAAUGAGAAAGAAGAUCAAAUUUCUGACCCUUCUGUUCUUCCUUGUGACUGGGAUCCUAGUGUUCCUAUGUUUGCCAUCACUGUUCUUCCAGAUCACAGAGGGUUGGUCCUACAGUGAAGGAAUUUACUUUGCAUUUAUCACCCUCAGCACCAUUGGCUUUGGAGAUUACGUAGUAGGUAAACAACCUGGCAGGAUUUAUUUUUCCUACUACCGAACAAUUGUGGCCAUUUGGAUUCUUUUUGGACUUGCCUGGAUUGCUCUCCUAUUUAAUUUAUUGACAACGGUUCUAGAAGAUACUGAGAAAAUAAUUGUCAAGGAUCUUCAUCAAAUUGGAAAGGUGGGUGAGGAUAAUGCAGCAAGCCAACCAAGAAGGUGCUGGCCUGUUCAGUUUAUUCCAGAAGAAGAACUGAUAGCACCUCGUGCUGAAGGGGAUGCCCAGAAAAUGGAGUCAUUAGCAGCAGAGGGUGGACAGGAAAAUGGAGUUAGUAGCAGCAGGUUCUGAACAAACAAAAAAUGAAAAAGUGUUUUCUGAUAGCCAAAAAUACUGGCCAUAUGCUUUAGCACAGACAUUUAAUUCUUCAUUGGAAAUUUGCUAGUGCAUUAUUCUAAAGAAAUUCCCAUGGAAAUUAAGUUUAUCCCACCUUUUGCUGAAGUAUGGCCAUUUAGAGCUCAAGACUUUCAGUUACACAGAAACACAACAUUAAUGAUAUGAAAUUUGCUCUACAGUUUGCAGCCAUCUUGUGCUAAAACAUUACAAGUGCACCCAUUUUGUGAGGCUUUUUUAAGAUGCUUCCAUGAAAAUGCAAAGGAGGGGUGUGGUAGAGCUUGCUUACUGUAUUUGGAUUUUGCUGCUUGUAAAAAAAAAAUCACAUCUCUUCUUGGAGCUGACAUGUACAAGCUUUUCUGAGUUUCUGAGUAAUACCAGCACCUUUGGAAGAAGAAGAAAUAAGGGCAUAUAACAUGCCUUGAUUUGAGACAUCACAUAGGAUGAACUGGCAUGAUCUGAAAGCUGUGUUUGAAGGACAAGACCUGGGCUCAGUGCAGAGAUGGAUGAGCAAGGUUAGAAAAAGGAUACCUGUAUUAUGAUUAAUUCUACAUAUUCCUGAUUUACGCUAAGAUGAAUAAAAGCAACUUCAUUUCUUAUCCCUGCAGCUUUGAAAAACCUUUCUGAUGAACAUACAAGUUCAGAUUUUAUAAUGAUUAUAUUUCAUAAGGAUUUUACAAGAUCAGAAACAUGUUUGAAUGGAGGAGUCCUCACUGCAUCAAAGCCUUGCUUCUGUUUGUGCUCCACAGGUGCUAAGAUGUCAUUAAAAAGCAAUCCUACUAUGCUGUGCUAAAGUACCUUUCCAAGUGCUAGUGCUGUCUAAACACUGCCAUCUUGCCUUCAACCAGGGAGAGAAGGAUGACAAACUUGUGAAUGGUGUUUUAGAUGUACUGCCAGUCAGGCUAUCCCUAGGUGAAGAUCCUGGCAUUCAAAUGGGUUGAUCACUCCAUCAGGUGCCUUAUGUGUGUCAAGAGUACAGGAGAACUCUGCCAUGAAUUUCUUGCAGUAUCUCUUCCAGAAGCUGGUGGCUCCCCUGCUGUCCGAGCAAGAGGUGGAGUAAUGUGUACUUCAAAGUCUGCAAACCUGUCCACCUCACAUCAGCACCCUCAAGACUCUCUCAAGGCAGUCCAUACACUCAGCACAUGGAGUGCUUCCCUCUGCUUGGUGCUGAACCUGUUGCUUCACAGGUUUUCACGAUCCUGAGUUUCUGUUUUGUCAGGCAGUGAAUAAUUGCACUUGGCUAACCCUCCGGGUGUUAGUUUUAGCAAAACCAACUCUUGCCAGAGCUAUUCCUGUACAAAAGGGAGAAUAAAUUACAGCUGUAAAGCAAUUCUAGGCCGUAAAGAUGCAA